CGCUCACCAGCAGCACCGGCACCAGCAACAGCUACAGCCAUGGUCAGAGGAAUAGAUGAUUGUCCCACCGUAAUCCCCUCCCUUCCUCGAGGCGUCCCUCUGCCACACAGCUACGAUCUAGUGUCUACGGUACAUCUGGUAGCGCUUAACUUGCUUCCUGUUCCCUAUCUGAAAGGAGAAGGAAAAGGACACCUCUGAUUGAAAUACAGUAAAAAGGGCUGAUCGUCUCACUAAGGGGUAUUAAGAAAUGCGGCCAUGUCACGGGCACCGAUAUCGUUACUCCAACAAUACUGGUCGGAAUGUGGCGGCCCGUAUCAAACAAAAGCCAAACAUCGCCUCUCUUCUCUCUAUGCGUACACCACGACGUUCGAGGGGAAUAAGGGGCGGGGGUGCAUCGGCUUUUAUCUGGUCGCUUGCCGGUUCGGUCGACGUUUUGGGUAUUUGGAGUUCUGUGGCAUGUAUCUACCUACUUCUUGAGAAACUACUGUUGGUCCAUGAGAUCAAACGAGGGAACCGCAUGGAAGGCCCGCAGAAGGCCCGCGCGCUGAGUCACGCACGAGAGCGAGAGCGAGAGCGAGCUGGAAAUGUCGGAACUGCACACGCUCUCAAACCGCUCGGUUCCCUCCCAUGCACAGCACAACCAUACUGGAUUGCUCCUUGGUGUCAUCCACUGCAACAGACAUAUACUGUACAGCACUACCGUCUGUCUUUACGUUCCCAUAGCUAGUCCGUCCCCGCUUCCACUCCACUGCGUGUGUCGUCCUUCGCAACUAUCUUCUCCGCUCCGAAAGACAGCAUUUUCCCACCGGCAAUGGACGUGAGUGACCUGCCCCUUCACAAACGUCGACAAAG